AGCUGCCUCUUAUUUUAUCCACAGAUGAACAAGCAACCACAUCAGUGACAGAACAGCUGCUUCGCUCGUGUCAACAUUUUUCAAGUCAGUCUGAACUGUUUAACAGUUAACCGCUGAACAGCCGUUGUUGACGAGAGAGAUGUUUCUACAGUCGAAUUUACCUCGCUGAUGACUGGAAUAAGGAACUUAGUUGAAGGUUACUGCUUGGAUUAUUACUGAAUGACGACACCUCUCCAGACAACAGAAAUGGAUAUUGGCAAGAAGACACUAAUUUUUGUCCACCUGGUUUUCUAUAUGAACUAUGUGUCAGGAGGGGAAGUUCCUGAGCCUAAAGAUCUGGUGGUGGAUAUAACGGAAGGGGAGGUAGUGGUACAUUGGGAUAAGCCUGUGGGAGCCCCGUCAGACACCCAGUACAAUGUACAAAUUCUAAAUUACAGUGACAAGGGACAAUGGACCGCAGUGCACAGCUGCACAGGGAUCACAUACCAAUACUGCGACAUUAGCAGCCUUAUAUAUGACUAUCGCAAGACUUACAGGGUCAGAGUUCAACUGGUAGCAGGAGAUGCCGAGUCUGCAUGGGUCAAAAAGAUACUUACCCCAAAUGAUGGUAAACUGCUGCCUCCCUCCUUCACUCUGUGGGCUACAUCCAGCACUAUAGCAGUUAAGGUUCACCAGAAACCCAUUCUGAAAAAACUCUUUCCUUAUGGAGUCACCUAUACCAUUUACCUGGAGGACAGAGAUAAUAAGACUACCACCGCAUACCUAAAUGCUGAGACGGAGGAGGAUCAGAAGAAGACUUUCAGUUCUCUCCACUGGGGAAGAAAGUACUGUGUCAGCAUCAAGGUGGAGGGUAAAGGAGCAGCCGAUGACAGCAAAGUGUCCCCUCAACAGUGUCUGCAGCUGCCAGAGCAAGAAUGGUUCAUAUUAGCCGUGGUGUCCCUGUCUACUCUGGGUGUGCUGGCCUUCGUCGCUAUCAUAGUCAUGAUCCUCCUAUGUUACCUGAAACGUCCAGAGAAAACACCUGUUGCACUGAAGUCCCCUAAGAGUGGCUGGCUUCCACUUUCAAUUGGAGAAGGGACUAUGGAGGUUGUGACAGACAAAGGAUGGUUUCUGUCCGGUUACAGAACAGAAGUGAAAAAAUGCAUAAAAGAUCCAGUGACUCAUGUUAUUAUAACAGAGGACAAUGAAGAUGAAGACAGAAGGACAAGCAUGGACAGUGGGGUUAGCAUGGAGGCCAACUCUACUACGAACAGCGGUGGAAGUCCUCCAAUGAGACAAGAGGACAGUGGCUGUGGGAGCAUGGGAGGACCAGAGAGCUCGACUAGCAGUCAAACAGAUUACCCCCUGCAGGAGGAGAGGACUGAACUUGAUGUUGUUAGGAAGAGGGAGGACAGUGGCUUGGGUAUGGGCUGCCAGCUACAUUCUUCCUCCAUGAAUCUGGAUGGACGUGACAGUGAGUCUCUAAAGGAGGUUGUUGCUGGUGGUGAUUAUCGCAGACAGAGCCCCUCCUCUGUGCAGAUUCAUGCGUGCGGUGAUGAGGAAGCGUUUAAACAGAUUCACCCUGACUCAGUUUUGGCCGAUGUGGUUACAGGCUACAGGGCUGGGCCUCAAUCAUGUAUCUGCUCAGGAGCGGGUCAGUGCACUUGGUGUCAUAAACAAGCCGUUUAUGGAACAGGACAUAUCAAAGAAUACAGAGCUACACGUAUUGACAAUGGACUACUAAGCGGCAAAUGUGAUUUUGUGGACUCUUACAAAGGGGGGUUUACAUUUUCAAGCUAUUGUAAAAAAACACAAAUGGACACUGUCACAGUGGAUGACAUACAGACAACUUUUAUACAACUGGGGGAGAAUUUCCCUCUGCUAACAGCUCUAACGCCACGGUGCCUAAUAGAGGAAGGAAAGGACUUUAACAUGAACAAUGUCACUCUAUCUCUCUGUGAUGUACAGCUGACAAGUGAAUGAUACACUGUAGAAUGCAUCAACGCUAUUUAUAAUACUGACAGAACCUAUUUGAGAGCUGCACUCCCUUUUCUUACAAAACACACUGUUUGAAACAUAUAUGACGUAGUAUUUAGGGAGUAGAAAUGAUCCAAAAGGGGAAACACAUAAAGAGAAAAGUGAGAAAGCAAAAGGUUGUUAUUGAACAUGAAGAAAGGAAAUAGAAGUUAGACCACACAGCUGGUGGAUGGCUGUUGUUGAAGUCUCAUGAGCUGCUAGUGACAGAUAAUGUAACGUCAAAGGCCUCAUUUAACCCUGUCACGCUGGGUUUAUUUGCAAUUGACUACAUAGCAGUGUGCCGGAAGUGAAACUAGUGUGGGGAGCGAUGCAGAGAAACGGUUAACAGUUACAUGCUUUUGGACAUUUUGAGAUUUCUCCCUGACUAUCUAACUCCGCCAACAAUGAUACUAUGUCAGUAAUCCACCCUUAGAGGGUUUUUUUGUUGCCACUAUUUAAAUUUGACAGAGUAAAACACUUCUUAGUCACUUUACAGCAAACAGAUUUCUCACUUGUCAUUAACAUGGUCAUCAUUUCACAAACCUUAUGAUAUCAAGUGGUGUCAAACAAAAGCAGAAAUAAUCAGCAGAUAUUUCUAUCUUCAUUUUAAUGAUGUGCAGGGCAUUGUGUCGCAGAUUAUUUCAUGUUCUCUGACUUAGCAGGUGAUACACAUUUUUUAUUACCUAAAUGACAGACUUACUUCCUUGGUAAAUAUCUAGUAGAUGUUAUGAAAAAUAAAACGUAUUUAUUGUGCAUUACUGUGAA